ACACACCUCCCUGCGGGGAUUGUGUUUCUUUCGUUUUCAUUUCCCGGAAGGGUCGAAUGUGAAAAUAGCCGUGUUUGUUUGAUUUCUUCAACGACAACAAAUUGGGGUUUUCUUUUUUAAAAAAUGGAGUUUGGGAACGCGUGGCGUUGAGUUUCUUGUGUGUGAUCGUCGAGUCGGCUCAUAAAGAAAAUCGUCCUGUUUUUUAUUCUGGCGCAAUCAAAAAGAUAAGGGACAUGUCCAUGGCGAACGUUUCCCCGUCACCUUUGAUCAAGCAAGAAAUUAUUGCAAACAGUUCUUCAGCUACAAUGCAUGAGAGGGAGGUCAGCCUUUCUCCAAAUGAACAGCACCCUCCCCCAAAUCAGCCUCCGUUGGCCAGUCCUCCCACUCAGGAAGACCUGUGGCAUCUACCUGGAAGACUGAGAAUAAACCCAUCUCUGUGGGAUAAAGAGGAUGUUGCCCACUGGCUCCACUGGGCUCAGAAGGAGUACUCGCUACGCCGACCAGAGAAGGGACGCUUUGAGAUGAACGGCAGAGCCCUUUGUCUGCUCACAAAAGAAGAUUUCAGACGCCGCUGCCCGAGCUCAGGCGACGUUCUCUAUGAGAUCCUUCAGUGUGUAAAGCAACAGAGGAGGAGGGUUGUCUGCCAGGCCCCUGAUGUGCCCCCAGUCAGUAGCCAGAUACCUUCUCACAGUUUCCAAGAGCCGCCGUCUGCGACAGCCAGUGUGAGCCCAGUCACUGCUGCAGCACCUGCAGCCGCUGUAGCCACCGUGAGCAGCCAGCCAGGGCCCAUUUCUCCACUUAGAGAGGCUCCUGGUUUUUUCCCUUACACUCUUCAACACACUCAUAACAUUGGAUCGGCCGCUGUCUCUGCUUUGCCCCAAAAACAAAUUUCAUCACUUCAACUGAAAGAAAGCGUCAUUCACGAGCCUUUAAACCUGUCCAGUCGAGAGAGGCCAAGGAGCCCGCUGCACAAAGCUAAUGGUCGCAUACCAGAGUGCAGACUGCUAUGGGACUAUGUGUAUCAGCUGCUGUGUGACGAUCGCUACCAGGAUUACAUUCGGUGGGAAGACCCCGACACUCAUGUAUUCAGGGUGGUUGACCCAAACGGACUGGCGCGCCUCUGGGGAAACCACAAGAACCGAGACAACAUGACCUAUGAGAAAAUGUCCCGUGCACUGCGGCACUACUACAAGCUCAACAUCAUCAAAAAGGAGCAAGGACAAAAACUCCUCUUCAGGUUUCUGAAGCUCCCUCAGGAUAUCAGGAAACACCAAAGCAACGCAGCAGGGUCCCCUGAGCAAUCACCGCCUCAUGAUGUGGACUUUGUAGACGGCAGUCCUUUGCAGGAUUUCAGUGACGAUCAUUUUGAGGUUUCACCCGAUCGAGCUUCUCCACAGCCUCCCUCAACUGGUGCUCCAGUGGGAUAGAGAAGAAUAUUGACGAAAGUACUUACUUUAAAAAUAUCCAGAAAGAACAAUUGAGGAUUUUGGUUUUUGUAUGUUUUUUUAAUGACAAGUUUCAGCUCCAAAAUGUAGCCAUUCUUGGCUUUUAAGUUGACUAAAAUGUUAAUGUUUUCUGUGAGAUCGCUUUCUGCGCUGGCAUUUCAUUUUACGUGUGAACGAACACUAACAUUCAGGUAAAAAUAAAUACUGUGGCAGAAUCAAUAUUCAUCCAUAAAAUCGCUGUAACAUCUAUUUCUAAACAUUGUUUUCUAAACAGGCCAGUUACUUUUGAUUACUUUCUGCAUUUAUUUUUUAUAAACUAUUUAAAUCUGCUAUGUGGAUGAAGCAGGGGAAGCUGUGAUCAAGCUAAAUUUCUGUUGGCUAUAUUGUUUUCAUAUAUUUUAUAGAAAUUAGGUUGUUUUUUUUUGUGAGACUUGUGGUCGUUUCUUUUGCUAUAUGACAUACAUUUUCUAUAUUUGGCAGAAUUUCUGUUGUGUAGUUGCAAAGUCACCAAAACUUAUUGCUUUGCAAUAGUAUUUAUACCACUUGAGCUUGAAAUUAUGUUUUAAGCACAAUUUCAACAUAUUUUAUGUUUUAAACCAGGGUUCUGCCAUCUGUGGAUCCUGAGUUGCAAGUGCCUCUUUGGAUCUUUCACAAUAGCUCUCAUAACUGGGUAAAAAUGAUAAAGAAAAAAUCCUUUUUUUAAACAGAUAUAAUUAAAAUAGCAGGAUUUAGCAUGUUUUUUUUUCUCAAGAAACGACUCUAUUGAAUUUUCACAACAAAACAUUUGAAAGUUCAUUUUUUUUAUAUCUAUUUUUCUCAUCAGAGGUUGGAAAUAAAAACUUUUUUUUACUUAAUUAUCUGCAAAUAUCAACAUGCCAUGAAAGAAAAUGUGUCCAUCUUCUUAUUGCAAAACUUACAUUUUUCUCUUUGUUUAAAAUCCUCAAAAUAAAAAUGAUACAGUGGUUCUUUAAAAAUGACAUUAAAGUUUGUUUUUUUUUAACAAAUGGUCAUGUAACAUUUGCAUUUCUGAAUUGAGUUUUAUUUAGCAGGACUGAGGGCAAAAAUGCUCUUUGGUUUGUAAAGAUUACAGAUUCCUGUUUUAGACCACCACACAGUAGUGGAAGGAAAAUGGUGCCUAGUUUUCAACACUUUACAGCAAAUUAAAAUCUAAAAAAAACAUUUGCAUAUUUCUUUCAGCCUCCAUUAUUCAAUACUUUGUACAACCACCUUUUGCUGUAGUUAAAGCAGCAAGACUUUUUAGGGUAUGUCUCUACCAGCUUUCUAGAUGCAGAUAUAGCUGCCCAUUGAUCUAAACAAAAAAAUCAAUCAUUCUGACCGGAAAGGGAUCAUCUAUUAGCACCAGUUUUCAAAGAUUCUGAGUUGGAUUUUGAUCUGGAAAUACGCCAAAAUAAAUACGCCAUUCUAAUGAAACAAACCUGCUUUCAUUACAUCUCUGAAAGUAUGUUUUGGGUUUUCCUGCUGGAAGGUGAGCUUUUGCCAGUCUGGAGGCUUUCUCGCCCAAAUUAACGUACAUCUUCCCGUCAACUCUGACCGAGUUCUCUGUCCUUGCAUGAAUAAAAACAUCCACACGGCAUGAUGCUGCCACUGUCAUGUUUUGCAGUGGAGAUGGC